UCCAUACACCUUCUUCAGGCAAAUGUCAACUGAAUUAACUGCAUUGCCACUGCUAUACUGCUAACGUUAUUCGCUUUCAAAUACCUAUCGUCAGGAACAGAUUGAUCCAGAACAAGUAUGAGCGAAUGAAAUGGUGACCGUAGAAGAGUUUAGAUAGUAAUCUGGUAAGGAAGUUCGAUAAGAAAAGUGAAACAGCAGGCAAGAAAGAAAGAGAAAGAGAAAGUUAGUCCAGGAUGCGGGAUAUAAGAGUAAUAUGGCGACCAGCUGUUGGAGACUCACUGUUAAUACUAAUGUUAUCCAGUCGACGAUGUCGAAACCAUAGCCACUUUACAGUGCUCUACAUUCUGCUAGUCAUUUUUCGUCUGCUUGCAGUGUUUCAAAAUGCAGUGUUAAUGGUCAAAGCUGAAGAAAAUGAAGAAUACAAGGGAAAGUAUCUAGGAAAGCUGAACGUUUAUCAUCACCAGGUUGCCGGUGAUGUUUACGCGGUGGACCGAUAUGCGUUACUUCUAAAAUCAUUUAGCUACGAUGGAUAUGGGGCAGACACAUUUUUUUGGGCUGGAGCUUCAAAUCGUCCUGGACCACAGGGUUUUAUUGUACCUGAUGAGUAUGGAAAAACAAAUGUACUUAAACAGUAUCAUAAUAAGGAUUUUAUCUUGACAUUACCAGAUAAUAAAGAAAUUCAAGAUAUAAAGUGGUUUGCAGUUUAUGAUUUAUCGACACAGAAUACUUUUGGUGAUAUCUACAUCCCAGAAGAGUUUGAUCCACCUAUGACAAAAGAUAUUGGCCAACUGAAUAAGAAUCAUGUACACAACGUAUCUUCUAAAUUAAUUGAGAUUCUCGACGCUAAGACAAUCAGGAUUAAAGAGUUAGUUUACGAUGGACUUGGCCAGGAUACAUACUUUUGGAUUGGCCCAGGCACGAGGCCUUCACCAAAAGGAAUUAAAGUUCCCGAUGAGUACGGCUACCUAGAUCCCUUACAUGCUUAUAAAAGUGAUGACGUGGUAAUCCAGUUACCUGGUGGAGUGACGAUUUUUGAUAUUGAGCACUUAAGUAUCUACGAUGUCAAGACAAAAACAAGUUUUGGCUCCGUUUCUUUUCAAAGAGAAGGACUCAAUGUGCCACCGUCUCUUGUUAAAGUUAUAAAGCAGUCUAAAUCGAUGCCAAACUGUGUGCAGCUUCAUAAAAGACUACAAAUUGGAUGGGAUAUUUUCGGACCACAAAUAACGAUUCAACUUGUUGGUCAAAUUGCGGAAAACGAAUAUAUGGCAUUUGGAUUGUCAGGCUCAAACGAAAAAAGCCAAAUGGAAGGCGCUGACGUAACUAUAGCCUAUAUGGAUGGUACUCGAGGCUAUGCUACUGAUUACACUAUCACGUCCAAGGCACCGUGUACUAAAGUACUUGGGCAGUACAGAGGCGUGUGCAAGGACGAGUUUAUGGGUGGUCAAGACAGCAACCAACUAUUUACUGCGUCAAGAGAAAAUGAAAUAACGACCGUUACCUACCGAAGACUGUUAAUUUCUCCUGAUUUAGGGGAUAAAGCAUACGUUACAGACCAGCCUAUAUUUAUUGUAUGGGCUGUUGGAAAACUAGAUGAAAAUAAUGAACCCAGUUUCCAUGACACUUAUCCAAAGAGAAACGUUUUUCUUGAGCUUGGUCGUUUGGAGCCCAAAAAUACGUGCAUGGAUUUCACAGCAGACAACAAAAAUUUAAGAAAACCAUGGCAGAAAGAAGAGAUAUUUGACAGAAGCAUUAGAAUUUUCCGGGCAACAAUUGGACCAUCAGGAGGAAAGCGAGGCUAUCAAGGAAUCACUGGACAAGCAACGACUGGCCUUGCAUGGUAUAUAAAUGGUUUGAUUGCUCCAGAACUUUACCUACGUCGUGGCCUCACCUAUAUUUUCCAAGUCUACGGUGGAAACAACCCUCACAGCUCAAAUCUCUAUCACCCAUUAAUUGUAACAGAUGAGUGCCAUGGUGGUUAUGGUCGGCUAAGUGACGUGGCACAAAUGAAAGUGCGUGUACUUGCUGGUGUCGAGUUUACCAGAAGAGGCAGACCCAUGCCAACUGCUGUUGGACCACUGUGCCUGAGUAAACACAAUAAUCGCGAUCGGCGACUGGACGAUGAUUUUUUGACUUUCAAGAAGUUUAAUCGAACUCUUAUUUAUUCUUGUGAGCCUGGAGAAGCUGGUGUACUCGAGGUGACACCUAAUUCAUCUUGGCCAGAUACUGUCUACUACAACUCUUUCACUCAUGCUAACAUGGGCUGGAAAAUUCACAUUGUUGAUUAUUACUCUAAAAAUAACAGUUAUAACUCUUUGAAUUCCAGCUUCAUACUUAUGCUCUUAACCAUUAUUGUUUUUUUUUCUUGAUACUAUAAAGUGAGGUUAUUUUGUUUAGAGUUACCUUGAUUUCACGACUAUAAUUACCA